GCCCUCGUCGGGCGGAUGAGGGCGAGCGGUGUCCGGGCCUGGGCGGGGCCCCCGGCCCGCCGGCCCUGCUCGCCCCCACUCGGGGCCCGGACCCUGACCCGGGCGGCAGACAACGCUGCGCGGAAGCGCGCGACGGGCGGGAGGCGACGGGACGGGGAAGCCGCGGGAGCCGCCGCCGCCGCCUGCUCGGGCCCCGCCCACUUCCGGUCUCCGCGAGGAGCGCGGCUCGGCGGAACCCCGCCCCCGCCCCCAGGCUCUCGCGACAUCUGGGCUCCGGGACCGCCGCGGGGCCUGACGGGAGCAGCCGUCGCGCCGGAGAGGGCCAAGAUGGCGGCGGCGGCUUCGGCUUCGCUUCGUGGGGCGGUGCUGGGCCCGCGGGGCGCGCGGCUGCCGGGCGCGCGGGCCCGGGGUCUGCUGUGCGGCGCGCGGCCCGGCCAGCUCCCGCUGCGGACGCCCCAGGCAGUGCCCUUGUCGUCGAAGGCCGGUCUGUCCCGGGGCCGGAAAGUGAUGCUGUCAGCGUUGGGCAUGCUGGCGGCAGGGGGUGCGGGGCUAGCUGUGGCCCUGCAGUCUGCCGUGAGUGCCAGUGACCUGGAGCUGCACCCCCCCAGCUACCCGUGGUCCCACCGUGGCCUCCUCUCUUCCCUGGACCACACCAGCAUCCGCAGGGGCUUCCAGGUGUACAAGCAGGUGUGCUCCUCCUGCCACAGCAUGGACUACGUGGCCUACCGCCACCUGGUGGGCGUGUGCUACACGGAGGAAGAAGCGAAGGCGCUGGCGGAGGAGGUGGAGGUUCAGGAUGGCCCCAACGAGGAUGGGGAGAUGUUCAUGCGGCCCGGGAAGCUGUCUGACUACUUCCCCAAACCAUACCCCAACCCGGAAGCUGCUCGAGCAGCCAACAACGGGGCACUGCCCCCUGACCUCAGCUACAUCACACGGGCUAGGCACGGUGGCGAGGACUACGUCUUCUCCCUGCUAACGGGCUACUGUGAGCCACCCACCGGGGUGUCGCUGCGAGAGGGCCUCUACUUCAACCCCUACUUUCCUGGCCAGGCCAUCGGCAUGGCUCCUCCCAUCUACGACGAGGUCCUGGAGUUUGAUGACGGCACCCCAGCCACCAUGUCCCAGGUGGCCAAGGACGUGUGUACCUUCCUGCGCUGGGCAUCUGAGCCAGAGCACGACCAUCGUAAACGCAUGGGGCUCAAGAUGUUGAUGAUGAUGGGCUUGCUGUUUCCCCUGAUCUACGCCAUGAAGCGGCAUAAGUGGUCAGUCCUGAAGAGCCGGAAGCUGGCAUAUCGGCCGCCCAAGUGACCCUGCCCCGUGUCUGCUCACUGUCUGGUCUGGAUAGGCCCUCCAGCCCAGGAGCCACUCUGGACCUGUUCAGGCCUCAGCUGGCCCUCUUGAAAAGCCCCAAUUUCUUGGGUAAAAGAGGGGAGGAGCCAGGAGACCAGGUUCCGGCUCCAAAAUCUUGUCUCCAUCAUGGAAAUAAAUUAAGUUUCUCAACACA